GUUUUGUAAAAUCAAUACCGAAUAUCACAAUCGGUCAACAGAUAAACACAUAUGAGACAAACGGAGAUUAUAGUUUAUUGCUUUGUAUAAUUAAAAAUAAAAUCUUAACUAUGGGUUCUUUUCUUUGAUGAGAUAUUAGAAGAAACAAAAGGGUAGUUAUACACAAUAAACUAUAAUUAACGGGUGGGUGCAUGAUAUCGGGGCCAUUGUCAUUGUGUCGUAGGAGUCAACAUAAAUGGUCCUCACUAGCACACCCUCAAUGGUUGGAAAAAAAGAAGUUUAUACAGAACCACAACUAAUUCUACUUUACCAAUAAAGGAGUUGUGGAAAAAAAAGGUCAAAGAGAUGUAGUAUUCGAAACAUUUCAAAGUUAUUGUUGGAUACUACUAAAAUCAUACAGUAAUAUAUAUAAGUUAUAACACAAAAAUCUCAAAAUUUAAACUUCGGCGUCAUAACCAUUCGAUCAUAUAUAUGUAUUGGCUUAGUCGAGAUAUACUCUAACGUAUCGGUGCUUCAAGAUGCUAAUCGAACUUAUACAAUAACGUGAAAUGUAGAAGUUCAAUUUCUGGUAUAAAAUAAUGUGUAUGAAAAAUACAUAUAUAUGCAGAUGAAGACUAAUUUUGUAUCAUAGUGUUACAUGUAAAGUUCAAUUUGUUUUGUCCAUUUAUUAUUUGCCCUAUACAUUAUGCAUAUAUAUGAUUCCAUUAUUAAAGCACCCUCAAUCUUCAUGAACGUUCUCUUAAUCUAAUUAUUAUAUUAAUUCAGUUGACCCAUGGUUGACAGCAAAAGACGUGUAAAAUUAUUAAGUGUGUGUAUGUUUUUUUUUAAUGAGGAAAUUACAUACUAAUUGUGUGUUAACUAAUGCAAAAGGCCAAAACUCUUUUUCCCCCCUUCUCCUCUUCCUAAUUGGAUUAUGUUCUUUUCACUAAUAAUUGGAUGCCUCUUUGAUUUCUAGGUUAGUUUUUUUUUUUUUUUUUACGUCGGUUGGUGUAACAGGAUUAUCCAUUUGGUGGCGCAAGAGAAUCCCCUCUCAUUGCUAUCACAUUCGUUACUGCAGGAUUCGAUUACUUUUUCCUAAUUGUUUUCUUUCGUGCGAUUCUUUGUAUCUAUAACUGUUGUCUCGCGUUAAUACGAGCGAUCUUUCGACAUCAGUUUUAAGAGAGACGCGUACAGUAAAUCGGAUCGAAUCAUAUCUAGAUGUCAAGUCGAAUAUUUAUUAUAUUUUUUUGCUUUUAUCAUUAUUAUCAUCUAGAUCACCCACUCUCCUUCCUUUAUUAUAUUGGUUAGUUUAAAUAGUAAAGAGCCGUCCAUAACAGCCAUCCAUAUUGCUCCCUUCUUCUCACUUCACAGAAGAAAGAAGAGGAAAAAAUAUCUAAUACCACCACAGUUCCUCUCUCUCUCUCUCUCUCUAGAAAAACACAAAGCAAAGCAGAAGGAAUGGAAAGAAAGCCACAGUAACCCCAAAAAAAUCCCUCUUCCUUCCUCCAUCCUCUUCCUUUUCCUCAACCCUAAAUCAUGAGCCAGCAGCAGCAGCAGCAGGUGGAGGAGUCGCUCCGGUCGCUGUCGCUGGACUACCUGAACCUCCUCAUCAACGGCCAGGCCUUCUCCGACGUCACCUUCAGCGUCGAGGGCCGCCUCGUCCACGCCCACCGCUGCAUCCUCGCCGCCCGCUCCCUCUUCUUCCGCAAAUUCUUCUGCUCCUCCUCCUCCUCUUCACAACAACAGCCCGACUCCCCUUCCUCCUCCGGGUCCGGACCCGACCCGGCCUCCCCGAGACACGUGGCGGCCGGGAUCGGCGGGGCGGGAUCCCCUACCGGCGGGACCAGGCAGGGCGGCGUGAUCCCUGUCAACUCCGUGGGCUACGAGGUCUUUCUGCUGAUGCUCCAGUUCCUGUACAGCGGCCAGGUCUCGAUUGUCCCCCAGAAGCACGAGCCCAGGCCCAAUUGCGGCGAAAGAGGCUGCUGGCACACCCAUUGCACCUCCGCCGUCGAUCUCGCCCUCGACACCCUCUCCGCCGCCCGAUACUUCGGCGUCGAGCAGCUCGCAUUGCUCACCCAGAAACAAUUGGCGUCGACGGUGGAGAAGGCGUCGAUCGAAGACGUGAUGAAGGUCCUCAUCGCAUCAAGGAAGCAAGAAAUGCACCAGCUUUGGACAACAUGCUCCCACCUCGUCGCCAAGUCGGGCCUCCCGCCGGAGAUCCUCGCCAAGCACCUCCCCAUCGACGUCGUCGCCAAGAUCGAGGAGAUCCGACUGAAAUCCUCCAUCGCCGCCCGCCGCUCCUCCUCCUCCACCGCCUUCCUCCCUCACCACCACGCUCACCACCACCUCGCCGCCGACCUCGAGGACCAGAAGAUCCGCCGCAUGAGGCGGGCGCUCGACUCCUCCGACGUCGAGCUCGUCAAGCUCAUGGUCAUGGGGGAAGGCCUCAACCUCGACGAGGCCCUCGCGCUCCACUACGCCGUCGAGAAUUGCAGCCGCGAGGUCGUCAAGGCUUUGCUCGAGCUCGGGGCCGCCGACGUCAACUACCCCGCGGGACCCGCGGGGAAGACGCCGCUCCACGUGGCGGCAGAGAUGGUAUCGCCCGACAUGGUGGCGGUGCUCCUCGACCACCACGCGGAUCCCAACGUGAGGACGGUGGACGGGGUGACGCCGCUGGACGUGUUGAGAACCCUAACUUCGGAUUUCUUGUUCAAGGGGGCGGUCCCCGGGCUGGCCCACAUCGAGCCGAAUAAGCUACGGCUCUGCCUCGAGCUCGUGCAGUCCGCGGCGUUGGUCAUCUCGAGGGAGGAAGGGAACGACGGUGGUGGAGGAGGUGGUGGUUCGAAUGCGAGUAUGUAUCAGGGUGGUGGCAGUGGCGGAGGCGGGAAUCUGAAUCUGGACUCGAGGUUAGUUUACUUGAAUUUGGGUGCUCCGAUGGGAUCUUCGUCGGGGCAUAUGGGGAUGAAAGGGGAGGACGAGAAUCAGAAUCGAAACGACGCGACAAUGUACCAUCAUCAACAACAUCAUCAUCAUCAGCAUCAACAACAUCACCACCACCAGCACCACUUUCAGUAGUAAUGCUAGUAGAAAGAAGUUAGUAGUUUGGAAAUUUGGUUAAUUAUUAAUUACAUCCUUUCUCUACCCAACUUAAUGUGAUCUUAAUCAUGAUUCACUCUUGUCUUGAUUAUGAUUAUUGUUACUUGAAAUGGUGUUUUUGGGGAUGGGAAAGAAAGGGGAGGGAGGGAGGGGGGCAUGGAGACAUGAAUUCUUAUGAUCAUGAUUAUGAUAAUGUUACUCCAUGGAGAUUAGGAUUAUGAUCCUUUAAUUACCAUCAAUGUUGGUGGUUAAUUAUAUUGCUUUUGUGGAUGAUGUUUAAUCUCUUGAUUUGGUGUCUCUUUAUUAAUGAUAUCUUUCUAAUGGGUAUGGUGUAUGUCUGCCUGACCAGUUUUUCUUUCAUGACCUUUCCUUUUAGCCUUGUCACUUUCCUUUCCUUUCAACUUGUUCAAUUGCCCUCCUUUCUUUUCCUUGUCUUUUUUUUUUUUUGGGCCUUUUGGGAGGGUAGUUCUCUUUUUUCAAUUUAGUUUUUUUUGUUGCCACCAUUUCUGCCCUUUGGGAGGGCUGUUUUGGUACACUGUUUGUAGGCUUUUCAAAGUGAUGAUAUGAAAUGAAAGGGUUUUUUUUCUUAGGAGAUAUGGAUGGAUGAUGGGUCAUGGGAUGGAUCAAUAUGAUAAUGAGACAAAGGAGGUGCAUGCCCUUAAAUAUAUACAAUGGAUUUAUGAAUUAUGGUCCAUUUUUUGAAGGAGUGGUUGAUCAAAUGUUGAAGCAAAAUGAAUACAAGGAUAGAGAGAAGGGAGAAGGGUCAAUCUUCUCUUUUCAGCCUGUCAACUCCAUUUUUUGAUAUUAAUUUGUUUUUAUAUAGAUAUAAUAAUAUUUUAUUUUUUUUAUAAAUAAUAGAAUGGGAGCUCUAUUUAUUGUGGCAUUUUAUUUUCUUGUCUCCCCACCCACCCUUCUUUUCUUUUCUCCAUCAUCAUUUCAUUUUCAUUCAUUCAUCCAUUCAUCAACCUAUACAAUAAUCCAGAACCAUAUUCAAUUAAUUGAUUGAUUGAAUAAUUAUGGGUACUUAAUAUUAAUAUAUACGUGCUGGGGUGUGUGGCUAAUUAAUUAAUUAAUUAAUUAAUUGAAGUUAAGGGACAAUAAGGGAGGUGGGGAUUUGGCUUGUAAUGGAGGAGUGGCGGUGGAGCUGUUUUCUUCUUUAUAUCUGUUGGGUUUUGUUUGGACAUGGACAAUUGGUGCAUUUUGCCACUUGAUUGGGGGGCAAAUGAGCUGUUUUCUGCCCUUUUCUCUGAGUUUCUUUAAUCCAUUCAUUAUAUGGGGAUUAAUUAAUAAUCGGAAACGAUAAGGCAUGAGAUUGACACGAUAUAUUUUCGAGUUUGUUUUGUCUGAUUGUCAUUUUUUUAAUAGUCGUAUUGAUAAAUUUAUAAGCUUGAAUUAUCUAAUCUUAUGUGUUGGCGAGUUAUUUACAAGGUACAAAAAUAGUCUGAAAUGUAUGUUUUAUAAUGUCGUUGAAAGAAAAAUAAUUAGGGCUAAAUUGAUUGGAUGUGUUUGAUUUUUUUUCUUCUUCUUCUAUAUUUGCAUGCGAGUCAUGUAGAAUAAUUAGCUAGCUAGGGUGAUGGCGAUGGAUUGGUUUUGGUUGCUCCUAAUUGCAUGAAAUAUUAUUUCCAAGAUUCUGAGAGUGACUAGCUAGCUAAUUAGAAGCUAGUAUAGCAACAAGACACAUAGCUGCUUGAUUACUUAAUAAAUUACAAGAUAUAAUAAUUAAUAUGGUUGGACUUCAUUUUCAUGCAAAUCCCUCUCUCUCUGUCCUGAUUUGAUUAAUAAUUUUUUCUUAAUUUAUGUUUAUCUACUUUGAAACCACCCUCUUAUGGAACGGUGCAAAAUGGCGAUUUAAAUCGAUAAAAAAAUGUUACAUACACAGAACAUUUAGUUACUCUGAUGAAAAACAUGUGUGAUCUGAACCCUGAAAAUCACAAUAGAAUAAGUAUAUAUGA